GCUAUGGUCCUGGGGCAGUAGCGGGUGGUCGGCGUGCGCGCCUGGGGCUUUGGGCCAACACCGAGCAAUUGAGAAUGCGCGACAAUCUGACCACGGCUUUAGGGCUACCGCACUGUUUUAUAUGGGAUAAGGGCAUCGUGGGUAUUGGCUUGGCGCGCUAGGGGCUCAGCCGGCCCACUUCCAGGGGGGGGUCGGGACCAAAUGUCGGUGGCAACCGACAGCUAACCGCUGAGUUGGACACCCCGAACCCCUGUGCGGGGCCGAGCUGCGGGCACGCGGGGGGAAGUCCGCGCGCGCCCUCGCAAUUUCACAGGGCGUUGGCCCAGCAAUUAAUCUUACAUGAAUACACUCCAAUUCCCCGCCCCCGACCCCGACCCCGCCCCCGCCCCCGCCCCCGACCCCGACCCCGACCCCGACCCCGACCCCGACCCCGACCCCGACCCCGACCCCGACCCCGACCCCGACCCCGACCCCGACCCCGACCCCGACCCCGACCCCGACCCCGACCCCGACCCCGACCCCGACCCCGACCCGGACCCCGACCCCGACCCCGACCCCGACCCCGACCCCGACCCCGACCCCGACCCCGACCCCGACCCCGACCCCGACCCCGACCCCGACCCCGACCCCGACCCCGACCCCGACCCCGACCCCGACCCCGACCCCGACCCCGACCCCGACCCCGACCCCGACCCCGACCCCGACCCGGUCACCGGGGCACGCUCCAUGGAUCGCAUGGCGGUCCGCUAGUGGGAUUACUGGGCCUCUUUCCAGUCGAUUUAGUGGCGCCCCCUUUAGAAUGCUCCG